AUGACGAUGUCCAUGCCCAACAUCUCUUGGAAGGACCCGGUGAGCAGUUCGAAGGCAUUUAGCGCCUCUGUUUCAGUGGACCACUUGCAUGGAGAGUUCAUCAAGGUUCUGGACACGGUGGAGGAGAUCAAGAUGGAAAAGGUUGAGGCAGCUGAGCAGGCAAAGCGCUAUGCACGGGAACGUCGCCUUCGCGAAGAGGAACUCCUGAGACAGGAGUAUGAUGCACGAGAGGUGCCGGAUAAGGCGCUGCUGGGACUGGGGCCGCCCGAGGCUCCUGCCGAUGGAGCUGCCAAGGUUCGGCCACGCAAGAAGAAGGGACAGAAGGAGGACGUCUUCCGCGACUUUGGGAAGGAGCACGACGAUGCCCCGAUCCAGGAAACAAAGAAGAACGGAAUGGUCUUCUACAAGUUAAACUACAAGCGCUACUGGCAGUCGGAUCGAGACUUGCAGAGAUGGGCUGAGUCACUGGGGCACAACAUCCGCCAUGAGAAGCUGCUGUUCGAGGUGCGGAACCGCUGGGCUGAAGAUCUUCUUGGCGAUCGAAUGGAGCUGAAGAUCCGACACAACCCUCUUGUCAGGGCGCGGACGCAGGAGAAGGUCAGACCCACGACGGGCGUGUCUGUGGCUUUGCAGCUGAAGGAUUCCACGGGUCCCAUGUCAAAGCAUUCUUACAUUGACUCAUCGCUGACACGCAAGCUCAUGCAGCUGCAUCAUGCGUUGACUCUUGCAGAACAGCGCUGCUGGACUGGCUCAGACUGGCCGUUGGCAAAAUGCCAGUACUGCUGCAGACAGCUGCGUUAG